GUGUGUUUUCUAUGUUUCAGAAUACAUAGACAGUAUGGUGACAAGUAGAAACACCUUCUUCAUCGAGGAAAUUAGCGGAGUCCUCAUGCGUGCUAUGCAAGAGAACAAAGAGAACAAGAACAACAAGGCAGAAAUGGACAAAAUGAAGAGGCUGGUUGAUAAAUUACAACAAGCAUCAGAUCGCUUGGAGCAAGAGAACAGUCAACUUCAGACAAAAUUGGCAGAUUACAAUAAACUGAAACUGGAUGUUCAGCAUUUACUGCAUGAAAAGAACAAUCUUCUACAAAUCAAUGCGGAAACCAGUAGAAUGUGUCUGACAUAUUCUCAAGAAAGUAAGAGGAUGGAAGAUAGAUGUCGCCAGGCCAUGAUUGAAAGAGACAAAGCUGUAAGACAGUGUCGGCAGUAUGAGCUGCGCAUUGAACAAUGUGAAGGCCAGUACAAGCAGGCUAACCGUUUGACACAGGUUCUUCAGGAUCAGCUGGACAAGGAAAGCAAAGAGAGGCUGGACGAGAUAAAGAUAGAAAACGAUGGGUUAAGGAGACAGUUGGACCAGAUGAAAAGACAGGUCAUGCACAGCGUGGCUCCGUCAGUCUCCGAGAACUACAGCCCAAUGGAGAUGGAGCUGGAGAUCCUUCGUGAGCAGGUGCGCGAUCUGGAACAAGCCAAUGAAACAUACGGACAGGAGCUAAUGACAGCAAGACAGGCACAACAUGAUGCUGCUAAAGACAAACUCAAAUUAUGUGAGGAGAAUGACAAGUAUUUGAUCAAAGUGAAUCAGCUGCUGAAGGAAGUGGACCAGACCAAGCAGCAGCGGGAGGAGUACUGGGGCCAGCUCCAGCAGAUUAGGGCAGAGAGGGAUGAGAUUGCAAGGCAGCGUGACUUGGCCCAGUCUCAGUGUAAAGACAGGACUAAUGACAGGGACCGCGUACUACAAGAAAAGUAUGACAUUGAAAAAGAGAAGGAGGAUCUCUGUUCUCAGCUGCAUCGCCUUGAGGCACAGUGCUCGUCUCUGAAAGCCAUGAUGAAGGAAGCAAGGCGAUCUGGAAGUUUCUCUGGGAGUGACCUUUCAGUACGAACAUCUUUUGAGAGCUCCAGAUCUGAUGACUUUGCUGAUAAUCUCAGUGGAAGCUCAUACGGCACAACUCAUAGUCAUAGAAAUCGGACCCUAAAUUUGAAACAUCACAAAAUAAUAAAUACAAAACCUGGCAAGAAAGCCAUGGUGACUUCCCCGCCUGCUCCAGAGGUUGCUACUUUUAAAUCAGACCCUUUCAAGGAUUUCCCUUUAGCACCAACAAGUUGUGAUCGUACACAACGUUUCUGUCGAAACUUACAGCGAACAGACAGCACAACAGUUCAGCCCUCAAAUUCCAUUAAGGAUAAACAUCACUGGGUAGAGCCCUGUACACUCUCCGUUAUCCAGCGCUCAGACCUGGAGACAGCUGGCGCCACCUAUACUUCUGACAGUACAGAGAUUACUAGUGGCUCCACCUAUACAGAAGACCAAUGCAGUGUUGUUGAGAAUGUGUUCAAGAAAGAAAAGCUGUUCUCUAGGCUGGAGAUUGAAGAUACAGGCAAACCUGUGGAGCAUGAUGACAGGACAGCCAGGAAAGCUGGAGGAGACUCAGAGGGGGCACCACUGUCAGGACAAGAGGAGAACCAAAAGACACCAUUUUACAAAUCUGCAGGAUUUGGUACUGCAGGGUUACCCCAGCUGAACAGCAUUCCAUCGUUCCCGUCAUCAACUGAGACCAUGUCCGCGGAGCAGCUGCAGACAGAGUGCGAGAUCAAUGGUGGCAACUACACUGGAAUCUUCAUCACCCACGUCACCAAACAGACACUGCAGGAUUUGAAAGACAAGCAGCUGCUGGCUGUGAGUUGGACUGACUCCAGUGGAUGCAGCCAGCACUGUGAGAUGGGAGAGCAGACGUUGACACAGUCUAAACAAACUCUGCAGCAACUCCAGGGAGAGGUUCAAAUCACCGUGCAGGGAAACGCAGCAGGUUUUCAAGUUUUGCAAGAACUUUUGUCAAGAGGUAAAAACGGAGAUGCUUUUUUCAUUAGGACAAACUUAUGUUUCCCAAGCCUCUCGUGUCACCUUGGUGAUGUUCUCCAUGUCAAUAACACAUGGCUCGGGGAGGGGCGAGAUUGGAGAGCCACCGUCAUACAGCCACACACUGGCUGCCAUGUUAAAACUCUCGUCAUCCCAGAUAUAAAGAGAGCUGUAGAAGAGUCGGAGAAAAUGCAGUGUUCUCCAUCACUGCAUAACUACCCUGACAUGCGGCGUUCUAAGCGCGACCAGGAUUCUCAGAUACGCCAGCUGCCCCCUAGAUGUUUUAUGGCUCCUUUCAAUGCAGGGAUCAGGGUGGCUAAGAGAUUGACUGGAUAUCCAAGAGAAAACAAGUUUACCUGUGAUUUCCACACAUGGAAUCCAUACUCAGAAGUUCAGCCAGUCAAAUAUUUAAAACCCAGGCCAGUAAUGCUGAUAGGACCGCCUGUGUUGAUGGACCACUUGAUCAAAAAAAUUCUCUCGGGGAGGCAGCAAUUUAUUCACUGCAAACCAGACCUGAAGAUAGACAAAUCUGUGGAGCAAGGUCAUGCCAAGGUCGCCUCUCAUCUUCUGAACCAUGAGCUGGUCUGGUACAGUAAAGAUAACAGUGGAUAUUCCUGCAUAACUGUCAAAGCAAUCAAAACAGCAAUGGAAAAUAACCUUCACUCAGUCCACAGUUUCCCGUCUGUUUGCAUCAAGAGAAUGGUGGGGGCAAACAUCCAUCCCAUAAUUAUAGUAUUCAAACCAUUGGAUAGUCUGCCUGAAAGUUGGCAGAAGUUGUAUGGAAAUGAACAAUCUACCAUGAAGGAUGACCUUACUAAUCAUGCUGCUGAAUGGGAAUUGAUUGUAAAAGAGUUCUACUAUGAUGAAUAUGUCUAUGUGGACCUGGAGCAAGAGAAGGUGACAACCUUGAGUGAUCUUGCAGACAUGGUGAAAGUCAAGGUCACGGAGGCCCAGGAACACCUGUACUGGAUUGUCAAAGAGGAACAGACGGCACUUGGCUAUUAAAAAGAACAACAAAGAUUUGUUCUUUGGUUUAAUGACAACAGGACUGAAAGCAUUUGUUCUUUGGUUUAUUACAGGGCUGCAAAGAUUCUUUGGUUUAUGAUAGGACUGCAAAUAUUUGUUCUUUGACUUAAUGAACAGGACUGCAAAGAUUUGUUCCCCAAGCUUCAGAUCUGAUUUGUGACAGUGUGCAAUGAGGCUAGGGGACUAAGACCCCAUUUAAUAUGGAUGAUCGGCGUACUUACUGAUCUGUCAACUAAUUGUGAUUCCUGCUGGUCUCCUGCUGGUCGCUUUGAACUGUGGUCGGCCAUAUUUAGUCGGCGGAUCAGUAAGUACAUACUCAGAUCAUCCAUUCUGAAUGGGGCCUAAGACUCUCAAGAUACACUCUACAUAUGGAUACUGCCCUUUUGUUGCAUUCACUAGAGAUCAUAUUAUAAGGUGGUAAAACUGCAAUACCUAGCUCAUCAGUUCAGAUGCUUUUUCUUAAUUUCAAGGCAUUUACAUUUCUUUAAUUUGAUAUACUCUUCCAAAAGAAAUCAAUGUUCAGAUGGCAUUCUUAUCGACUGUUAUGCAUUUUAUAUAAAUUUAUAUUUAAUUUUUAACAUGUGGACUAACGGUAUCUUGCUCAGCCAUUUGUUUUAACAGAAAUGGUCUUAAAAUAUUCCAUAUAGUCAAUUAUUUUAACAUUUCUGUGUUAUGUCAGCAGUAAUGGAUAAAUCUGAUAAUGAUAAGAAAACCACUUUUAUAAAAUUUAUUCAUGUUAUACACACAAGUUUUGUUCAUUAUUACACCAUCAAAUAGACAUUUCUUUGUCAUAGGUAUACAUAUACAACUAUAAUCAAAAUGUAAGAAAUAAGAAGCUGGAAACAAUCUUAUCAGUAUGGUGAUAUAAUUUUAAAGAAUUGCAGAUGUUGAUCACAUCAUAAAGUACAAUCAGCAUCCAUGGUGUACAGGUCAGCCGAGUUCAGGUUUGUAGUGUUCUACAGUUCUAAGUAUGCUUUCAUCUCCGUAAUGUUCCAUGUAAAUUCACAGAGAACCAUGUUUUGUUGUCAAGAUGAAGGAACUGUAUGUGGGCCUUGCCACAAUAAAAUGUGAAAUAACUGCAAUUCAUUCUUGCAAAUUUGCUGCAUUAUGGCUGCAAAUUAGCAGCAGUAAAAUUUUUCUUGUAAACUUUUCAUUUUGCUAAGGGAUGAUCAUUAAUUUUCAAGGUAUCCUUGCUAAACUCACUUAUAGCCGCAAAAAAAAUUUUUUUAAUGCCUUUUUCCUUAUUUGACCAAUAUCUACAGUGUAUAAAGUGUAUGUCUAAACAACCUUGCAUUAUCUCUUCAUUGAAUUAUGAGGAUAUAAAAGAGGUAAAGAAAAUUGGAAGAUAAAAAGGGAUAAAAAUCCCACAUACAGUCCCUUUCAAAAAUGCAUGAGGUAUUCAACAAACAACCCAAAGUGUACAUCAAUAUUUUACCCUAUACUUG